CUAGAGAGUUUGUGUCAGUCACUUCGAGUCAGCGUCACGUAUCAGACUUGGUAAUCGCUGCCUCUUUCCUUUGCGGUUUCCCAAUUUUUGGAUAAGUUUAGGAUGGCGAGCAAGACACCGAGUGUGGAGUUCAAUAAUGGCAAUCGAUCGCCUAUUCUGGGACUGGGCACCUGGAAGUCCCAGACGGGCGGAGAGGUGAAACAGGCGGUGAAAGAUGCUAUCGACAUCGGGUAUAGACAUAUCGAUUGCUCCCCAGUGUACGGGAAUGAAAAGGAAGUCGGUGAAGCUAUUAAUGAAAAAAUCAAGGAAGGAGUUAUAAAACGAGAGGAUAUCUUUGUUACCAGCAAGUUGUGGAAUACCGCACACAGGCCUGACCUUGUUGAGCCUGCUUUAAAGAAGACUCUGAGCGAUCUGGGACUCGAAUAUCUUGAUCUUUAUCUAAUUCAUUGGCCGUUCGCUUUCAAAGAGGGGGAAGAAAUUUUCCCCAGCGAUGCCGAUGGCAAGACGCAAUCUAGCGACGUUGACUACGUCGAUACUUGGAAGGCCAUGGAGAAUGUAUUUGAAAAAGGCCUUGCGAAAAAUAUUGGUAUCAGCAACUUCAACUCCCAGCAAAUCGAUAGAUUGUUAUCAAACUGCAAGGUGAAGCCAUCUACCAAUCAGGUGGAAUGUCAUCCUUAUCUUCCUCAAGUAAAACUUUCCGAGUUCUGUAAGUCGAAGGGUAUCGUGAUAACCGCCUACAGCCCUCUUGGCUCUCCGGACAGACCUUGGGCCAAACCCAAUGAUCCGUUACUGUUAGAGGAUCCUAAAAUCAAGUCGCUGGCCACGAAGUACAAAAAAACGCCGGCUCAAGUCGUCCUUCGGUAUCAGGUUCAGCGUGGACACAUCGUUAUACCAAAAUCGGUUUCAAAGAAACGCCUGAAGGAGAACUUUGAAAUCUUUGAUUUCACUCUGGCGCCUGAAGACAUCCAACUUAUUCAUACCUUUGAUUGCAAUGGACGGAUUUGCCCCAUGUCGAGCUCCGUUCACAAUAAGCAUUAUCCGUUCCACAUCGAGUUCUAAUUUAACCACGGAUAUUUCUUCAAUUUUCUCUGCUUAAACGAAUGAGCUAAAAUGUUCCGAUGACAAUGAAAAUGUAUGGUAAUUCCGAGUAACUGUCUAUGUUUAAUCCUUGGAAAUAUACACGAAUUUUAUGUUGAA